AAUGUGGCAUAAUACAAAAAGAUGCUUAUUAAGUCACUCGCUAUUUCUCGCACCAGUCAGCCUGUAGCCAUUUCCACGUUGCCGAUCGAUAUGAAGCUUCUCACACUUUGACCCUUUUUCCACUCUUUCUUGCUUUGCUUCUACUCUCUUUCUCUCCCAGAGUGUGUGUGUUUUUUUUUUUUUUUUUUUGGGGAAUUAUUUUACUUUUUUUAUAAGAGCUUUUGAACUACUUGUUCUUUGUUCUGUUGUGAGGAAGAGUGGGAGGUUAUUCGUCUUCUUUUGGUUUUUUUUAGGAGUUUUCUUGGUUUAGUUUCUUGGGAAACUUUGUUAGAGAGCUUGAAAUGAGUACUGGGUCGAGCUCAGAGUCCAUGGACAUGGCAGGGAGAGGAAGAGGUGGUGCUAAACUCAGUUCUGUGAUGGGAAAUAUCGAUCCCUUUGUCCCAAGAACGGAUCACAAUCCGAGAGAGCUGAGAUCUUGGGCAAAGAGAACUGGGUUUAUCUCUACUACCUUCUCAGGUGAGACUGGAACUACUGCAAGUGAGAAGAAUGAUAGAGCUGGGUAUGAUUUGGAGAGGGGUCUUGAACAGAGAGGUGGUGGGUCGUCGCCCAAAAUUGAGAUUGAUCCAACUGGGCGGACUAGGCCGAAUAGAAGAGCUGAGAUUGAACCAGCAACUGGGUAUGCAAAUACAAAUGUAAGGAUGAGGAAUGAGAAUAAUGGGGUUUUGGGUUCGAGGGAUGGAACGGUUGGGGGUAUAAAUCAGGGGAGAAGGGUUGGGGAUGAGCAUGUUUUGGACGGUGGAAUUGGUCAUGGUGGAAGGAAAGUUGAUUUGAAUGGAAAUGGCAAAGGAAAUGAGAAUGUCAACGAGGCUGCGAAUAGAAUUGGGAAUGCAAAUGGGACUGUAGUUGGAGUGGCAGCAGUUACUCCCGUAACAGAGCCAAAGAAAGAUGCUGACUUAGCUGAGAGAGAUAUGGAAAUGAAUUUCCAACCAGAUGGUGAAGAGCUCACUUAUGGAGAGUGGCGCAGACCAUCUGGAAUGAAAUGUGGCCUGAGAGAAAAUCCGGGUUUUGCACCUCUAAUAUAUUAUGGCCUGCAGCAUUAUUUAUCAUUAGCUGGCUCACUUAUAUUCAUCCCCUUGAUCAUUGUUCCAGCCAUGGGUGGAACAGAUAAAGAUACUGCCACAGUGAUUUCAACGAUGCUGCUUAUUUCUGGCGUUACAACAAUACUGCACUCAUACUUUGGAACUCGACUUCCUUUAGUUCAAGGAAGCUCUUUUGUAUAUUUGGCGCCAGCAAUGGUCAUCAUUAAUGCCCAGGAGUAUCGAAAUCUUACAGAACAUAAAUUUAGGCAUAUAAUGAGGGAGCUCCAAGGGGCUAUAAUUGUUGGUUCAAUAUUUCAAAGCCUUCUGGGAUUUAGUGGUUUAAUGACCCUUUUUCUGAGAUUGAUAAACCCUGUUGUGGUUGCGCCAACUGUAGCUGCAGUAGGUUUAGCAUUUUUUAGCUAUGGCUUUCCACAAGCUGGAAGUUGUGUAGAAAUAAGCAUUCCAUUGAUACUGUUGGUUCUUAUCUUCACACUGUACCUUCGAGGAAUAUCCAUCUUUGGUCAUCGGAUAUUUCGGAUUUAUGCGGCUCCCCUGAGCGUUAUGAUUAUAUGGAUAUAUGCAUUCUUCCUGACAGCGGGUGGAGCAUAUAAUUACAAAGGAUGCAGCCCUGACAUACCGAGUUCAAACAUAUUAAUUGAUGCCUGUAGAAAACAUGCAUACACCAUGAAGCAUUGCAGGACCGAUGUUUCCAAUGCAUGGAGAACUGCUGCAUGGGUCCGGGUUCCCUAUCCUUUACAAUGGGGUACCCCUAUCUUCCAUUUAAGGACUUCACUUAUAAUGAUUAUUACGUCAUUUGUUGCAUCAGUGGAUUCGCUUGGAACAUACCACACUACAUCUGUGAUAAUUAAUUUGAAGCCUCCAACUCCGGGAAUUGUCAGCAGAGGAAUUGCAUUGGAAGGCUUCUGCAGUAUGUUGGCUGGAUUUUGGGGUUCAGGAACUGGUGCAACAACCUUGACAGAAAAUGUGCAUACAAUUGAAAUAACAAAAGUGGCAAGUCGAAGGGCCAUGGAAAUUGGAGCACUUUUUUUAAUCUUCUUCUCAUUUAUAGGAAAAAUUGGUGCCAUUCUUGCCUCUAUACCACAGGCCUUGGCUGCUGCUAUAUUGUGCUUCAUCUGGGCCCUUAUUGUGGCCUUGGGCCUCUCAACUUUACAAUAUACUCAGACGGCAUGCUUUCGGAAUAUAACAAUAGUUGGUGUUUCAUUGUUCCUUGGUUUAUCCAUCCCUGCCUAUUUCCAACAGUAUCAACCUGAAUCCAGCUUGAUACUGCCUAGUUAUCUUCUUCCAUAUGCAGCAGCAUCUACUGGACCAGUCCGUACUGGCAAUGAACAAUUUGAUUUUGCUCUAAAUGCCGUUAUGUCGUUGAACAUGGUGGUGACGCUCUUGGUAGCAUUUAUACUGGACAACACUGUCCCAGGCAACAGGCAAGAACGAGGAGUAUAUAUAUGGUCACGUGGAGAUGAAAUUAGAAGCGAUCCAUCUUUGGUUGCAGACUAUUCCCUGCCAAGGAAAGUUGCCAAAUGUUUAUGUUGGGCAAAAUGCUUGGAUGUUUGAUAUUCAGCAUUCAGCAGUCUACGGCUUGAAACACAAGGCACUGAGAAAUGAUGCUCCUAUAAGGCCUUCACUAGAUUUUAGGCAGCAAAGAUUUAGGACGAUAGGGCUAUGAAUAAUCCAAAAAAAAAAAAAACACUUUAUACGUAUAGCUUCCCAUACGAAAAUGGAAAUAUUUACAAUAAUUACCAGGUUAAUGAAAUUGUUUAUUUGUAAUAGUUGUGGUUCCAGAUUGUAUAGUAGUCAAAACCAUUCUUUGACAGGACUAUGUAUUGUAGGUUCCUUCAUCCAAAAAAAUUAGCCAUGCUACUCUGCUUUCUGGAAAUUCAUGCAUUUGUUUCAUUCUCA